UGUGGGUAAUGCCUUCAGGAUGCAUCCAGUUUCACUUGAACAAGCCAGCUGACUGUCUCGUUCAGGCGUAGCGCUGGAGAUUCACCAUUAACCCAGCGCAAUGCUUCGGUUCAGCUGAAUCUCUCGGAUAGUUUCUCAGAACCUCUGCUCAGAUGAACAUGAGUCGGAACGAGCAUUCGCUGCAGGCUCUGUCCUGGAGAAAGCUUUACCUAAGCAGAGCCAAACUCAAAGCGUCCAGUCGCACGUCUGCUCUUUUAUCCGGUUUCGCAAUGGUGGCCAUGGUGGAAGUACAGCUGGACACCAAUCACGACUAUCCACCAGGACUGCUGAUCACUUUCAGUGCUUGCACCACUGUGUUGGUGGCCGUCCACCUGUUUGCCCUCAUGGUGAGCACCUGCAUUCUCCCCAACAUCGAAGCGGUCAGCAACGUGCACAACCUCAACUCUGUGAAGGAGUCUCCUCACGAGAGAAUGCAUCGCCACAUCGAGCUGGCCUGGGCUUUUUCCACAGUCAUUGGAACAUUGCUCUUCCUGGCCGAGGUGGUCCUGCUGUGCUGGGUCAAGUUUUUACCCAUUAAGCCGAAGGACCAGAAAAACGGUACUAUAUCUGCUGGGGUGGCCGCUGCGAUCACGUCUACCUCCAUCAUGGUCCCUUUUGGCUUGGUUUUUAUCGUCUUUGCUGUGCAUUUCUACCGCUCACUGGUCAGCCACAAGACCGACAGGCAGUUUCGAGAGUUAGAAGAGUUGGAGGACUUACAGAAUGAAUUGGACAAUCGAGGGGAGUUGUCUACGUUAAAGUCUCCCAGUUCUCUUUACCCCUAGUUUUGAGUUUGGGAAAGAGCUUCUGUUAAUGUUCUAGCUUUGUCAUGUAUUGAAACACAUCGUAUUUUUGACCAUUCGUAUUGAUCUAUUUGUUGCAUGUCGUCACCAAAACAUCCAGUUUUAUGUGUUGAGGAUUUGUCCACUGUUUCUGCUGGAUUUACUAAUAUCAGGCUGUUUUAAAUAUGGAAGCAUGCACAGCAUGUUUUAUGGAUGUUUUCUUUGUCUUUUUAAAAAUGAACAUUUUCUGAAACUGUACUCACCCUCAGGCCAUCUAAGUAGAUGAGUUUGUUUCUUCAUCAGAACGGAUUUGGAGAAAUGUAGCAUUACAUCACUUGCUCACCAAUGGAUCCCCUACAGUGAAUGGGUGCCAUCAGAAUGAGAGUCUGAACAGCUGAUAAAAACAUCACAAUAAUCCAUUAAGACAUUUUAAACAAAAAAAUAUGGCUAAAUAUGACUCCUCAAUCCAUAAUAUCGCUUUCUCCGGUGAAAAAGUUAUCUCAUCUGAAUCAGGAGAGAAAUAUGCACAGAACAAAGUGCUGUUUACUAACAAUUAAAAAAUAAGUUGGUGGAUUUUGGUGUGAGAUGACUACAGGGGAUGGACUUUAUCACUGGAUGAAGCAUUAUUAUGAAUUAUGGAAUGGUCGUUUAGCCAGAAGUGACAGUUUAAAGUGAUUUGAUGUUUUUAUCUCAUUCUGACGGCACCCAUUCACUCCAGAGGAUCCAUGUAGCGAUGAAAUGUCUCUAAUCUAAAUUUCUUAAAUCUGCUCCAUACUCAUCUACCGUUAUAUGAGUGGCCUAAGGUGAAGUAAUUUUAAGCAAUUUUUCAUUUUUGGGUAAACUAUUCUUUAAAUUAAUCACAGGGAAAAUCCUUUAUUUCAGUAUGGCAGCUGUGCCAAUUUUGUUACUUGCAAGGUUUUUAUUUUCACACAAGGCAAGCUACAUUCUUACAGACAUGAGUGUGUAUUAUAACAACACUUUUUUUAAAUACUGAUCAGAGGCUGUGUUUGAAGUUAUUACAGUACAGGGGACACUUUAAUGUCCACUUGACCAAAUAAUUUUGAUGUUUUCUGAUUCAGGGCUUUGCUGUUGAACAGCUGAAUCAAAAGCAGAAAUCAUAGUCUUAUUCAAACUCCUUUGCCUUCCUAAAUGAACCCCCUGAAUGAGCACAUCUUAGUAGAAACAAAGGCACUUUAUCAACAUGUUUGUCUGACCUUUUUUGGUAGUAUUUGAAACCGCUUCCCAUUAAAGGGGCCUCUGUUCAGUCUGAAGGUGGAUGGAAGUGAUUAGAGCCAUCACGGCUAAAGAACUGGCAGGAUUGUGAGAUUAUGCUAGCAAACACAUUUUAAUAAAGUGUUUAUUAAGCAGAGGACUGUUUAAGCAUGUAGUUACAUCAGUAGCAUCGACGAAAAUGAUUAAAACAACAUUAAAUUAAUAUGUUCAGUAUUGCCAAAUUGAAAUACAAAUACAUUGAAAUACAUUGAAAUUUUUUUUUUCUUUUCAGAAGUAUGUGAAAUAAUAUCCAUCUUGUGCAAACAUCUUGUGUAAAGUUUGAUUAAGAAGUUCUUUAUAUUAAUGCACAGCAUGUGCUGGAAUUUAAAAACCCACAGUUUUCUACAUUUUAAUUAAAGUCUUAAGCAGACCAACUUCAACCAAACACCUAUUUGUGUUCUUUUUUAUCAUGCAUGACAUGCAAUUCUUGACAAAAUAAAAUCUUGCCAUUUUGUUCAAUACUAGUAGAUGCAGAAUGUACCAACAGUUUUUAUGUACUGUGUGAUUUUAUUGUGCGUGAGGGGUUGAUAAAACAUAUUUCACUGCA